CUGAGAAGACCCGCCGCUCGAGUUAAAGAGAAAUGUGUCGUGAUAAACACAGAAAGACGCGCGUCUACACGGGUUAGACAUGGAGAAGUUCUUCUGGUGGCUGAUUCUGGUGUCUGCUGUUCAUCUCGCAUCAUCAGCCUCUCACUCUCUGCAGUACCUUUAUACUGCAGUCACACCAGGACUACAUUUCCCAGAGUUCAUUUCAGUGGGUCUCCUGGAUGGAGAACCGUUUAUUUACUAUGAUAGUAACAUCAGGAAGAAGAUCACAAAGACUGAGUGGAUGGAGAAGAAUGAGCGUGAAGACUACUGGAAGACAGAGACAGAGACUAGUCAGCAUCAUCAGGAGGAGUUCAGAUAUGAUGUGAUUAAUCUAAUGAAGCGCUUCAACCAGACUGGAGGGUUUCACACACUGCAGCAGAUGUACGGCUGUGAGCUGGACGCUGAUGGUGCUAUUAGAGGAUUCUGGCUGUACGGUUAUGAUGGAGAAGACUUCAUCAGCUUUGAUCUGAACACUGAAACCUGGACUGCCACUAAUGCUAUAGCUGUUAUUACCAAAAGGAGGUGGAAGAGUCAAAAAGUUUAUGCUGCUCAGGUGAAGGCCUACCUGGAGAAUGAAUGUCCUGCAUGGCUACAGAAGUAUGUGGAGUACGGCAGAUCCAGUCUGGAGAGGAAAGUUCCUCCUGAGGUGUCUCUGUUCCAGAAGGACUCUUCUUCUCCAGUGGUGUGUCAUGCUACAAGUUUCUUCCCCAAAGCAGUGAUGAUCUCCUGGCAGAAGAAUGGAGAGGAUCUGCAUGAGGACGUGGAGCUCAGAGAGACGCUGCCCAACCAGGAUGGAACCUUCCAGAAGAGGAGCGUUCUGACCGUCUCACCUGAGGAGCUGAAAAAGAAUGAAUACACCUGUGUUGUCCAGCAUAGUGGACUGGAGAAGGAGGUGAUGCUGCGGGCGUCGGGUCACACAGGUGGAGGAUCUGAUGACGCCGUUACUGGAGAUCAUCAGUUCAGUGCUGGAACUGCAGUCGGGCUUGUUCUUGUUCUCCUUGUCUUCGUUGGUAUUGGAGUGCUCAUGUGGUGGUGGAGGAGGAGGAGGAGGAGGAGGACAUUGACUUCCAGCCUGUGACAGGAAACCCCAGUGACCCCUCUAAUGGAGAAGAAUUAUCCACCAACGUGUUAAGAGUUUUCUGAAGAGACUCACACUAGUUUGAGGAGGCUGAUCCCUGAACAUCUCCUUCUUAGUGAAGACGCAACAGCUCCUCUACUUUCUCAGGAUCCUGAAGAGGGGCAGCCUGUAAACACCCGUCCUCAACUUCAUCCUCGGCCGAGGUCGUGACCAAAUCAAGAAAGCUGAUGAACAGACAGAUACACAGUCGUCAUUUUUCUUUAAGAUGAGUGACUGUCAAGUGCAAGGAGAAAACAAGAAAGGGCUCAUGGUUGACUGCGGCGCCACAUCGCACAUGAUCAAUGAUGCCAUCAAGUUCAAAACGGUGGACAAGAGCUUCAGACCCGAGGGCCACAUGAUCGAGCUGGCCGACGGAACCAAGGUGAGCGGAAUGGCGAUGAUGAGGGGAGACGCCGAGGUCUACUUGCUGGACAGCGAGGGAGGACGAGUGAGAACGAGACUCAAGCAGGCGCUCUACAUCCCAUUGUUCCCACAGAACAUCUUUUCUGUCGAGGCAGCAACAGGCAAUGGUGCAGAGGUCCGUUUCAAAGACGGUGAUGACUGGCUAGUCAACAGGGACAGUACAAAAUUCAAAAUGGGUGUGUAUGGUAGGCUGUAUUACCUUAGCACAGUUGAGAGUGAAAACAUUGAUGAAGUGUAUGGUUGUCAUGAUAUGCAAACGUGGCACAAAAUACUAGGCCAUUGUAACUUUGAUGACAUUGCAAAGCUGGAGAAUGUUGUUCAAGGGAUGUCUAUUAAGGGCAAAAAUGAUAAGCCAAACCAAAACUCUGAAAUAUACACUCAGGGCAAAUUCACACAAAGCAGAAACAGACAGGCAGAUGCAAAAGCUACAUCCAUACUUGAGCUAGUGCACAGACUUAUGCGGCCCCAUAGAACCAGCAGAUAAAGAUGGGUACAAGUAUGCAAUAGCAUUUACUGAUGAUUACAGCGGGAUGAUUUUUCCAUACUUUCUGAAGGCAAAAAGCUAUGCAGCGCAAGCUACAGAGAAAUUCAUAGCAGAUGUAACUCCCUAUGGGAAAAUUAAGUGUAUAAGGUCUGACAACGGUACAGAAUUUACCGGAGAGGAGUUCCAGUCCUUACUUAGGAGUAAUGGGAUAAGGCACAAGACAAGUGCUCCCUACUCACCUCAUCAGAACGGAACUGCCAAAAGGGGAUGGAGAACAUUAUUUGAGAUGGCACGAUGCAUGCUGUUGGAGAGUAACCUCCCAAAGCAGUUGUGGACAUAUGUAGUGCAAACAGCAGCUCAGAUUCGCAAAAGGUGUUACAGUAAGCAUCUAGAGCAGACACCUUACUGUGUUUUCACAGGGAAAACACCCAGCCUGUCUAAGAUGUUAUAUACGUGAAUGUUAUGCGUAUAAGAAAGACAAAAAGAAGCUGGAUGCUAGGUGUGACAAAAGGAUCUUUGUCGGCUAUGAUAAGUAUAGCCCAGCUUACAGCAUCUACUACCCGGAGACAGGAAAAGUCCUAAAACAUAGGCUUGUGAAAACAAUCACUAAAGGCAGCGCAGAUAGCCAGAUGCAGACCAGUUAUGGCAUGGAGGAUGAUGCAGAGAGCUAUGGAGAUGCAACACCAAAGGUAGUGACCCAGGGUCAGGAACAGUCUGAAGAGACUAGAGAGCCUACAGUGGAGAUGACUGAGGCAGGUCCAACCCAGGCAGAUGGUACAGAGAAAGAGCAGGUAGAACAGAGAUAUCCUGUGAGGGAGAGAAAGGCCCCAGAAUACCUGAAAGAGUACCAAUGCAAAGCAGAUUGUGAUGAUGAAACAGAGAAUGUGGAUUAUUUCUACAGAGUGACCUAUGGUGUAUCUAAAAUGUUUAGUGAGGCAAUGAAUUCAGAGAAAUCCAAAUUAUGGGGUGAUGCGAUGAAAGAACAGAUGCAAUCCUUAACUGAGAAUGAAACUUUCACUCUGACACCACUGCCACGGGGGAAAACAAGCAGUGGGAGCUCGCUGGGUAUAUGCAUUGAAAGAAAGCCCAGAUGGAACUGAAACUUAUAAAGCCAGAUAUGUGGCAAAAGGGGUAGGUCAGGUGGAAGGGGUUGACUAUAACUGCCAACAUGACCUCUGUCCGAGCAUUGAUGCAGGUAGCUGUGCAGGAGGAUCUUAUCCUUCACCAAAUGGAUGUAAAGACUGCUUACUUGCAUGCUCCCAUGGACUGUGAGGUAUAUAUGGAGCAACCGGAAGGUUUUGAGGUUAUGUCAAAAACAGGUGAACAUCUUGUGUGUAAACUCAAUAAGUCAUUGUAUAACCCAUACAUAUUGAGUUAUAUUUUAUUGAGUUAAAACAGUCCGGCCGCAACUGGAAUAUGUUACUGCAUGAUCACCUUACAGGGAAUGGUUUUCUGCAAAAUGAUGCUGACCACUGUGUCUACACCAGAGAAUCUGGGAAUGAGAAUCAUACUGUUAAUGUGGGUUGAUGAUUUAAUCAUAGCGGCUAGUGCCGACACCAUAGUAAGAGAUGUGGAAGAAAUGCUGAAGAGAAGGUUUAAGAUGAAGGAUAUGGGUCCACUUAAACACUUCCUAGGUAGUGAUUUUAACUGCAGUGAUGGAGAAAUCAAAAUGACACAAAAGAGACACAUUGAGAAAAUGUUAGCCAGAUUUGAAAUGUCUGAAUGCAAACCGAGAUCCACCCCAUCUGAGCAGAAAUUACAUUUUGACAAUGAUGGUGAUGUAAUUGAUCCAACAGGUUACAGAGAGAUAGUGGGUAGCUUGAUAUACAUCAUGACAUGUACCAGACCCGACUUGAGUUGGAUAGUUAGUAAGCUAUCACAACACUUGGCAGGACCAAAGCAACAGCAUUGGACGGCUGCGAAACACUUACUGAGGUACUUAAAAGGUACUAUGGGUCAGGAAUUAAACUACCGGAAAUGUGAGAAAAGCUUACAGCUUGAGGGGUAUCGUGACGCUGAUUGGGCAGCUGACAAAAAUGACAGGAGAAGCACCACUGGAUAUUGUUUCAGCUUAACUGAGACUGGUGCAGUAAUAUCAUGGAAGAGCAGGAAGCAGCCAACAGUGGCGCUAUCUAGCUGUGAAGCAGAGGACAUGGCUCUAGCAGCCGCUACUCAGGAGAGCAUGUACGUUGUUCAACUACUAAAAGGGAUGGAUGGUAGUAACCAGCAUUUACAAGUCAACAUCUAUGAGGACAACCAGGGAGCGAUGGCGCUAUCCAAGAACCCAGUGUGUAGACAGAGAAGCAAGCAUGUGGAUAUAAAAUAUCACUUUGUACGGUUUGCACACACAGAGGGGAAAAUUAAUGUUGUUUACUGUCUUACUGCAGACUUGGUAGCUGAUGUACUCACCAAACCAGUGUCAAAGAAUUUGAAAUUUGAGAAAUUCAUGUUUGUUUGGAGAGUAAUGGAAGCUGGCAGGUGAAAUGAAAUGUAAUGAAGAAUUGAAGUAAAGGGUAUUUUUCUUUAUUUAAGUUUUCAGAUCUGCUAGUAUGUGAAAUGUUUUUGUUUUAUGAGUUAUACUGUCGCCUUCUGCCCGAAGACUGCUGGGAUAGGCUCCAGCAUCCCCCCGCGACCCUGACGGAGAAGCGGCUUAGAAAAUGGAUGGAUGGAUGGAUGGAUGGAGUUAUACUGUCACUGAGUACAGUACAAAAUGAGUUAUGUAUCUUUUUAGUUUUGUUUUCCACUAUAGAGUAGAGAGAGCUGUAAACAUGUCUUGGAGUGGGAGUGUUAAGCAUAUUUGUUAUUAGGGUAGAACCAUGUUGAUCAGCAUCCAAUCAGACAUGUAUGACGUGAUGACGUCAGUGCCCAUGUAUAUGCCCACGCGCACCACCACCAUGCUUUAUGUUUUUGAAUAAACGGCUGACUCAUGCUUUUGAAGUUGUGCCAGCCAACAGAGAA